UGCUCUGAUUCAUUUCGUUUAGGUUUUUGUUUUUCUCCGAUCAGAUCCAAAUUCAAUUCCUUGAACUCCUCAACGGAUUCCUUAUCCGGCUGACUCUCAACUCCGCCGCGAUGUCUCUCCGCCGCACUAUCCUCGAUCUCCAACGUCAAUCCCACAGAGCCUCUCUCUCAAAAUCAUUACCUUUCUCGAUGAGUCACAUCUCCUCCGCGUCCGCCACCGCCGCCGUGAGAAACCCACUGGGAAGAGACAUCUCUUCAAUCCCCUUUGCUCUAGCCCAGAAACUCAAACCAGAUUCAACUAACCUCGUCACGGAUCGUUCGAUAUCUUCGUCAAUUCGACAGUCUGAUCUCAACAACGCAGCGACAUUCUCGCGUCUCUCGUCUUCCCGAGGUUACAGUAACGCAUCUUUCUUACCAAAAAUCCAUCUGCUCUAUCACAUAAAUGAAGGUAUGGAAGAGAUUCUGGCGGAUUACGUUCACCAAGAAAUGACUCGGAAUUUGAUGGUCAUCUCUUUGGGAUUGUUCCAGUUCAUCGUUAUCAAAGAUAUUUUCUUGUUUCUUUUCUGAAACAAGAUUACAUCUUUUGGGGGAUCUAAGGAACACUUGAACAUCACCUGUUAAAUGAAUACUCUUUCCUUUUUAUCUUAUUUCGUUUAUGAAUAAAGAACAUGAUGAUGCAUCGCAUCUUUUUUUUACCUUCAAGCUUCUGUGUGUGUUGGUUCAUUUUCUAGUUUGGUGUAAAGGCUUAAGUGGAAUUUUAAGUCUGUUCAAUAACUUUACUGGUUAGCAUUAGGAGGGUUCUUCCUGAUGCUUUGAGACUCUGUUAAGCUUUUGAUUGAAUAACAAGAAGUUCUAUCAGCUCCC